GGGUUUUCCUUUAGCGCGUGCUGAGCUGAACGUUCCUUCCUUACUGUACAUCCACACUGCAAUAGUACAGAUAUCGCUGCCAACUUUGUGUGUCUAGUUAAUCUGAAAGCGAAAUAUAGGCUACUACUUUACAAGAGAAUUAAGAAGACAUUAAAGUCGCUUUUACCGUUGUGUUUUAGAGAUAUGUAAGAAGAAGCCGAUUUUCCAAGCUCUUUGUAGCUGAUCCAUUGUGUAAGGAGCGCAGACAAUGGACAAAUGAUAAAACAUGGAAACAAUCGACAGGUGUUGCCUAACUUUUAUUGCGUUCUUGUGCGUCUUUAAAGUCUGUGAACCAUGCCAAUCUGUCGUUGCUAAGCGUAAUCAACUCUUUGUGCCAGAAGGUGGCAGCACUCACAUGAGCUGCGAGGUGGUGCACUGUGGCCUCAGCUGGAAAGGUGGAUGGGUUUUCAAGGACUUUAACAGUACAACGUUUACUCAAAUCUUUCCUUCUUCACGAAUUCAUCCGUCCAAUGACAGCAUGUCGGCAAACAGAACGCGUCUGACGAUCCACAUUCAAAGCAUCAACCAAUCAGAUGCUGGAGCGUACAAAUGCGUGAUAUCCUGGCCACCACAAGAUUUAAGCAGCAGUGGACAUCUGACUUAUAUUAAUGUGACUGCAGCAGCAGGAGUACAUUGGUCUAUAGCAGAGGGGUCCGAGAGAAAGCUCUCACAUAGACUGCUGGUGUGUUUUGGUGCCUUGAUGUGCUUUCCUAUUGUACUGUGUGUGGUUUGGUGUCUGACUCAGGAUCGUCCAUCAGCACCCCCAGUGCCGCCUCAUCCUCGCACUUCCAUCACAGAACGAGUCAAAGCAAAUAAGGAAGUGGUGUAUGCAGAAGUGGCAUUAAAUGAUAGAAGGCCACAGAAACCUUGUCCGAAACAAGAGAUGCAGCCGACCAUCUACUCAUCACUGCAUUUUAAAUGAAAAUUACAAUUAAAAACAUUAAUACAAAACAAUGUAUAAACCAGCGAUCUCUUACAUGCCAAGGUGAAAACCAGAUGAGCCAGACUGAUCUUUUUAAAAUGCUAACAGGUGUGGUGACACUUUCUGACCUUAGCUUUCUCAACAGUGUUAUUUGUAAUAAAUGUGUGCAUUUUGUGAGUAAUACUGUGUGUGUGUGUGUGUGUGUGUGUAAUUGUAAGUAUUUGAUGUCAUAUUGAAACAAAAUGGACAGUUCUUUGACACAAAAUACAUUUUAUU